AUGCAAGUCAGAGGAGGGGGCAUAUAUGUCUUUCUGUAUUCAAUCUUGACGCCUCUGGUAGACUGUUACCCUAAAGGCCUAAACCCUCAGCAAAGCGGAAGGUGUUUCUUCUCAGUUGCAGCCUUACAGGGGAGUCCAAGGUCUGUGCCGCCGGUGAGAUAUAUCGGAAGAGUUCUCCGUCGAAACCGUAUACGCCCCAAAAUGGGAAUGGAAAAAGAGCCUCAGAAACCUCAGCAAGUCUCAUACACAGUGGAGCAGCUGGUAGCUGUGAAUCCUUACAAUCCCGACAUCCUCCCCGAUCUUGAAAACUACGUCAAUGAGCAGGUUGCCUCACAAACAUACAGCUUAGAUGCAAAUCUCUGCCUUCUUCGCCUUUAUCAGUUUGAGCCAGAGCGGUUGAGCACCCAAAUUGUUGCUCGCAUUUUGGUUAAGGCCCUCAUGGCAAUGCCGGCUCCAGAUUUCAGCCUUUGUCUCUUUUUGAUCCCAGAAAGAGUGCAAAUGGAGCAGCCUUUCAAGACUCUGAUUGUCCUCUCCCAUUAUCUUGAGACUGGUGGAUUUCGUCAAUUCUGGGAUGAAGCAGCUAAGAGUCGACAUAUUGUUGAAGCUGUACCAGGGUUUGAGCAAGCUAUCCAAGCCUAUGCGGUUCACGUCCUUUCCUUGACCUACCAAAAGGUUCCUAGGUCCGUCUUAGCAGAGGCCAUCAACAUCGAAGGCUUGGCACUGGAUAAAUUCCUUGAACAGCAAGUGGUAAACUAUGGGUGGGUUAUAGAGAUGGGCCAAGGUGGUGGACAAAUCAUUGCUCUUCCAAAGACAGAAUUCAACCAUCCUGAGCUCAAGAAGAACUCUGGCGAUGCAGUCCCAUUGGACCACAUCACUCGCAUCUUCCCCAUUCUUAGCUGA